AUGGAAACAGCACGGGCCAACAGGUACAACCUCGCAGCACCAGAUGAGGAGGGCCUGAAAAUCUCCACACUUGGGCUCCACAACGGCCACAGCUCGCCAAAUAGCCGGAUGAACAAUUACAACGGAAAGAUCUCUACUACAGGAUCGAGCCAACUAAGAAGUCGCUUCGUCAAGAAAAAUGGGCAUUGCAACGUGGUAUUCUCUAACAUGGAGGAAAAAUCACAACGUUACCUGGCCGACAUCUUUACCACCUGCGUGGACAUUCGCUGGAGAUACUUACUACUCCUCUUCUGCUCGACCUUCCUGUCCUCCUGGAUGUUUUUUGGAAUAAUCUUCUAUUCAGUUUCCAGAGCCCAUGGGGAUUUUGAUGAGCACCCUGGAAUGAGUUCCUCUUCAGGGUUGGAAGGGAAUGGGCUUGGGGUUGGUGAAGUUGAAGGGGUGCAGAAAAAGUGGCAGCCAUGCCUCCUUCAUGUAGAGGGCUUCGUCGGAGCCUUCCUAUUCUCCGUUGAGACCCAGACCACCAUUGGUUAUGGGUGGCGCUGUGUCACUGAGGAGUGCCCUGUGGCAGUGAUCACAGUGGUGGUCCAGUCCAUAGUGGGAUGCAUCAUUGACUCCUUCAUGCUUGGCACAAUCAUGGUCAAAAUGGCACGCCCUAAGAAGAGGAACCAGACCCUGCUGUUCUCGAAAAACGCUGUGAUUUCCCUGCGCGAUGGCAAGCUGUGCCUCAUGUGGCGAGUGGGUAACCUGCGCAAGAGCCACAUCGUGGAGGCCCAUGUGCGGGCACAGCUCAUUCGACCCUACGUCACGGCAGAGGGAGAGUUUAUCCCUCUAGAGCAGAGAGAUCUCAACGUAGGCUACGACGAAGGCAUAGACAGACUCUUCCUGGUUUCUCCUCUGGUUAUCGUCCAUGAGAUCGACGAGGACAGCCCCCUGUAUACUGUGAGCCGGGCUGAUCUGGAAUCUGAUGACUUUGAGAUCGUAGUGAUCUUGGAAGGCAUGGUGGAGGCCACCGCCAUGACCACCCAGGCCCGCAGCUCCUAUCUGGCCAAGGAGAUCCUAUGGGGGCAUAGGUUUGAGCCUGUGAUCUUUGAGGACCGAACCAAGUAUCAGGUGGACUAUGCUCGCUUUCACAAGACCUACGAGGUGCCCUCCACACCCAACUGCAGCGCCAAGGAGCUCAUUGAGACGGCCAGCCGGCCUGCCUCAUCCGCCUCCUCCCACUCAGUAUUCCCAACCAGCCCCAGAAUCACCCAGCACCUCGUAACCCCCCACUCCCCCAGCGCCUUCUGCUAUGAGAAUGAGGUAGCACUGAGCUGUGGAGAGGACGAGGAUGAACUGGAUAGGCAAAAGGGAAAAGACAGGGAGGAGGAAAGGAGGAAUUCAGUUUCUGUAGACUUUCAUAAUUUGUUUCAGGACCCAGCCACAAUGACAUCCGGCAGCAACGUGCUGUGCGUUUUGGACAUGGACAAUCAGAUGGAUUUUGACAUUCUACAGACUACCAUUACUCGUGAUCCACUGACAUAUAAAAGUGAGUCAGGAAUCUGA